AUGGACGGAAAACGGGUGGUGGUGACCCUUCACACUUUCAGCCUGGCUGAUUCCUUCCCAUACCGCUCCUUGACCUUCACCUCCGACAAGGAUCAUGUCGAAAUCGGCCGUGCCUCCAAGCGUGAGGCGAAGAACCUCACUCCGACCGAAAAGAACGGCCUCUUCGACUCCCGAGUCAUGUCAAGAAAUCAUGCGAAGAUGUGGGCGUGCUUGGAUAAAAAGGUUGUCUACAUCUGCGAUGAUGGUUCCAUGCAUGGCACCCGGGUAAAUGGCAGGAAACUUGACGUCGAUGACGAAGCCCCGAUUAAAACCGGGGAUUUGCUGGUUUUUGGAACAGAGGUUACUCGUGGUCAUGAAACCUUCCCCCCAUUGUCAGUUCGCUGUGAAUGCCAAUGGUUUGGUUUUGAGGAAAACAAAGCUGCACCAUCUAGCAAGGUCAAUAAAACUAAAGUGGCCACCAACACGUUUUGUGUUCCUGACGAUGAUGAUGAUGACGACGACGACGACAAUGAUAUUGAAAUUACUGGCCAACCGGCCCCAGUGAUAUCCACCGUUGAAAGCAGCUCUGACUCUGAAGAUGAUUCGGAAGAUGGAUCGGUUGUUGAAGUCCUCUCUCCACUGACUAGCUCGCUUAAGGAAAUCGAUGGCGGAGUCAAAGGUGGCUCCCAGCAGAUGCCCAUCGAGAUCGAUGGCGAGCAAAACGGUCAACCUCUCGCGACCCCUAGAAUGACACCCUCCUCGAAUGAGGGCGCCCUUGCAGAGGCAGAUGGCGAAGCUCGGGAUCAGCCGGAUGAUAGCGGUGAUUCUGAGCUGGAUUCCAUGCUGGAUUACUCUGAAGGUGAUUUGGCCUCCCAAUCGGAGGAUGAUGAAUCGGGAUCCGAUGAAGACUCAAUGUCCGACUCGUCUUUUGAAUCCGAUAUUGAAUUGUCAGAUGCAGACGGUCUCUCCCUCACAGUGCCCAUCCCGCCAUUCCCAGAGAAUCGAAAACCAGCCCAAGCCGACGCCUCCAGUGGCGACAAAGAGAAUGCGGGCACCCAUUCAAAUCGCCAAAGAUUUACGGUGCCGGGUAUAGGGCGAGAUGCCACCGCCGAGCUGCCUGCAGACCAUCCCGUCGACGACAACAUUGAGUUGCCUGGAAUCCGCGGCGACGCCAUGAACCCGAACCCGCAAAAUCUCUUAGAGCCCGAGGUGAUGCUGGCCGAACCCCCCGGCAAACCGGCUCCUGGCGUUUGGUCGUCUAGUCAACAACUGUAUGCGAAUGCCCACCUUCCUUUGCAACCAUAUGGCAGAAUAUUUGACCACUCGCUCACCGGGUUCCAUUCAAACAGCUUUGGCCGAGCAGUAGAAGGGUGGCCGUCGCGUGGUAAUCCCACCUCUCAAUAUGGCCAGCUAAGAAAUGAGCAGAUAGGCCCUGAGCUGGUUCUGAACGACACCUUAACCCCUUGUCCUCGUUAUUAUGAUGGACCUUUCGCCCACUCAGCACCGACUGUACCCGGUAGACUGCCCGUGCCAGGUAUCUCUAGAACGAACACUGUGAUACCGGCUGUCUUCGCCAAGGAAGAUAUUUCAAACAAUUCCGGCAGCGAGGGAAUUAGCACUCACUCGAGACCGGACACCCGUCUGAGGAUAGCUGACAUUGUUUCGUCACCUCAACCGCCCACGCAAAAGGCACCCCGGAAGAGAAAGAUAGCAGACGUGGAGAACAGUCCCUUAGACGUUCCACACUUACUGCUUCAUAACUCAUCUGCAUUUGAGUACAAUGCUUCGAACGAGAAUUCGCUUGUCGGGAUUGAACGUGAAGAAACUUGCCUUCCCGAUGCCCAGCCACAACUUGACAUGAAUGGCACUGUAGAUCCAUGCACGCAACUCACAACCAUGAGCCAGGCCAACGAGGCGAAUUCAAUCGAGGAUUUGACCCACUCCGAACCACAGGAUGAGCGACCAUCCAAGCGGCUGAAGAAAUCCGAGGCGUCAAACAUUGGAAGCCAUGCGACUACCGCAGUGGUCGGUGCUAUGAUAGGAGCUGUUGGCACUGUCGCUCUAUUGGCCUCCCUUCCUUCCGAUUACUUUAUCUAG